UGCUGCACCUUCCCAACACCAUGGCAUCACCCAUGAGGRGUUUGCUCAGCGAUCCUGACAGAUAUCUCCAGUCUUUCCGCCUCUUCCUGGAGCGUUCGACGGAGCACCAGAGCAUGCAGGAGUUCGUGGAGAGGCAGCUGCCGGCUGUGAUAGCGAGUAUUGGAAAUGGGAAGUCUACAAUCAAUGUUCUAAGCGUUGGUGGUGGAGCWGGUGAGAUGGACUUGCAGAUCCUCUCAAAAAUACGARCCAGAUAUCCCGGGGUCACCAUCAACAACGAUGUGGUCGAGCCAAGUGCUGACCAAAUCUCCAAGUACAAAGAGCGUGUGGCUCAGGCAUCAAACCUCGAGAACAUUAAAUUUACCUGGCACCAGGAGACAGCUCAUGAAUAUGAAAGUCGAAUGAAUGCAGAAAAGAAGACUAAAAAAUGGGACUUCAUUCACAUGAUCCAGAUGCUGUAUUAUGUGAAAGAUAUCCCAGCAACUCUCCGCUAUUUCCACAGCCUCCUGGAAUCGCAGGGGAAGCUCCUCAUUAUCCUGGUGUCAGGAAACAGUGGCUGGGAAACGCUGUGGAAGAAGUAUGGGUCUUUGUUCCCUUUAGAAGAYCUUUGCUCUUUCGUUUCCUCUGCUGAUUUGUCAAGGAUGCUGGAUUCAGCUGGGUUGAAGUACCAGCUCUACGAGCUCCCAUCCCACAUGGACAUAACGAGCUGCUUUGUUGAAGGGGACAAAAAUGGGGAGCUYUUGCUGGAUUUCCUGACAGAAACACUUGACUUUGCCAAAACUGCUCCUCCUGAAUUAAAACAUCAGCUCAUGGAAGAGUUAAGAAAGCCUGGAUGCAGUGAAAACAGAGAUGGGAAGGUGUUUUUCAAUAACAACCUGUGUGUAAUAGUGGUUGAGCCAUGAGUUACCCUCUUCYUCUUGAUCCAAGACAAAAACUCAGACACAAGCUGUUAACAGCUGAAAUGCAUUUUUUUAUCUUUUAUAAAUGGCUUAAUUUAGUUCAUCACUGAUAAUAAUUUUUGGAGCUUGUUAAGAAAUCAGYGUUAACAUCUGUUGUUAUAAGUCAGCUUUACUACUUGAUUAAUUCUACACUAAUCUGUGAAUGUAUAACUCACUAAGCAGUAAAUUGAUAAAGCAUAYAGAUGUUGUGCAAUCAGCUAUAACUCAGACUAUCCACUCAAGCACUGCAGAAACCUAACCAUUUCCUGAGAAAUAAUCCAGAACCACAUGGAGUUCCACCAUCUUCAUUAAAAACUCUCC